AUGGGCACGCCGCUGACGGCGAUCCCGGACCACAUCCAGGAGGAGAUCUUCCUCCGCUUGCCUACCGCGGCCGACCUCGCCCGUGCCUCCGCCGCCUGCAUCUCCUUCCGCCGGCUCGCCACCGGCCGGUCCUUCCUCCGCCGCUUCCGCCGCCUCCACGCCCCGCUGCUCCUCGGCUUCCUCCAGCGCGACCACUUCGUCCCAGCCCUACCACCUCACCCCUCCGCGCCCGCCGCCCGCGCCCUCGCUCUCGCCGCCGACUUCUCCUUCUCCUUCCUCCCAUCCCACUGCCGCUGGAUCGUGCAGGACGUCCGCGACGGCCGCGUCCUCCUCGGCCGCAGGUUUGGAAAGGACGACCCGUCUCCGGUCUUCCGGGAGCUUGUGGUGUGCGACCCCUUGCACCGGCGGUACGUCCUGCUUCCACCAUUUCCGGACGACCUGGCCCAUUGGGUGGAGCACCAGGUCUACAACCCUUUCAAACCUUUCCUCCUCCCCGUCGCCGAGGAGGAGACGGAAGAGACAGCAUUCAGAAUCAUCUGGAUGGCGCAUUGCAGAACUAAGCUGGCCGCGUUUGUCUUCUCUUCCAGCACCGGAAAAUGGCAAGAAGCCACCAAGAGCGGGCCGACUGGUUUGGUCCUUGACAGGGGCGACUCGGCCAUACUGUCACGGAUCCACCCUCAUUUUCUCAUGCGCCAUUAUGCCUAUGGCUGCUUCUACUGGGACUGGCUUGUGACCGGGAGCAGAAAGUUGCUCAUGCUUGACACCAGGAGGAUGGAGUUCUCCUUUGCCGACCUCCCACCCGGAGAGUGGAGUAAACGUGUAGCCAUUGUGGAGGCAGGGGAAGGCAGGCCUGGGAUUUUUGGGUUCCAUGGUGAAAUUGCAUCUGAUCUCAGCUAUGCCAUUGCGCAAAAUACAGGCGAGAGUCCGAACCAGUGGCAAAUGUUGAAGACAAUAUCACUAGACCCUGGAUACAUAUAUUCUAUCGAUGCUGCAACGGGAAGGUACUUGCUAUUGGUAAGGACGGUGGCCUCUUCUCUAGGGAAUUUGGUAGAGAAUUCACUCGUCGAAUAUUUCUCAAUGGACGCCAAGAUGUUGCAGCUUCAGAGGGUUUGUACCAAACAAUGCUCGCUUAUGUAUAAUGGGACACACAUAUAUGCCGACUUUCCACCAUCGCUGUUGUCUUCACGGGCAAUAUAA